UCCUCCUGUCAGAAACGCACACUUCCUCUGACACAUGGCUGACAGCGGGAGACGGAAGGGGUGAGAGAGAGAGUACGGGACUGACACACACUCAGAGCAAGAAAGAGGCAGUCGGCCAUCUGUAGUCGGUCCCCUGCUAUUCUGCAGCUGUGUUGGAGUCAGCGAGUGAUCCUCGGCUCCGUCAGGACUACAGAAACCACAGACAGGGUUCUUCCAACAUCUCAUCGCCCAGAGGAUGAGCCUUGGCUGGGGCAGUGUUAUGGCCUCGCUGGCCUUGGAUUAAGCCCUUGGGGCAGCUUCUUUGGAGGGAUGGGUGAUAUUCCAGCUGGAUCUUCUGCUGUCACCAUCCUCCGUGGCUGUCAUUAGUGGCUAAUGAGCUGCUGCUAGAGAGGAAACGGAAAAGGUGCCUGUGGAGAGAGGAGGAUCCUUACAGCUGUUAUUAAGAGGCCCAGAGAUCUCAGACAAGGAAUUUGUUGCCUUUGUAAGAGAGUGGAACACUUUAAAGCGCUUUCGGGUGCAAGCAUAAAAGGAUAUCUACUUUGGAAGUUGUUGUUGUAGACGUUGUAGACAUUUCUUUGCACUGGUUGAUUGCCAAUUUUUGUUUUUGUUGCAGUAUUUUCUUAGAAAAUUCUCACCAUGUAGUUAAAAGACAUCUUUUUUUCAGCAAGAUGAUUUAGUAUUUAGACUUUUUAUAUCUCUAAACUGAAGGAGUUUUAACAAAACAUUCUACUCCUGCAGGAUUUUUUUAAAGCUAUAUUGUUACUGUUUUACAUUUUGGUAUUAUUUUGAGCUUCCUAUGCCCUGAAGGACAUUGAUCACCAUGGCAGCAGCCUAUCGUGUAGUGGUGAGCAGUGUGAGCUGCUAUAACAGUGUGGUGGUGGAUCGGCGCACUCACUCCCACGCUGUGCACUACUGCUCAGGGCCAUGUGGGGCGCUGUCCCAGGGACUGGACUGUACUGUCGCACACCGUGGCACGUGCUCCGAGCUGCUUGUCGCGCCUGACCCUGCAUACACUGACCCCAACAACUCCCUCAUACACUCCCGUAACAUGAUCACUCAGCAACUUCCUAACCAUGGUAAAAUUAGUGUUACCAUGGAUACGAGUUAUAAUGGUGGUCUAGAGAGGGCAGGCAGCAGUGGCAAUUUGUCUUUGGGGGAGGACAGCCCCACGUGGCGUGGUAAGAAGGCCUCCAAUGUUGGAGGGUCGACUGGAAACCUGAGCUCCUCUGGCAGUUUGAAGGACAUCACCGAAGAGGCCAUCAACCUGGCCAGUGGUAAGCUCAAAGAGUUUUCUUUUGACAAGCUCCGCCUCUCCUCCUCCAGCCACGUCACCUUCCGGAAAGGUCGGAAGGUCCGUCCUGACUCUUUCAGCCGUCGCUCCACCGACCUGGAGAUCAUCUACGGCCACUUCAGCUCCCACAUCACCACAAACGGAAUGACUAAUGGUAUGACAAAUGGCAUGGCUACUUGUAAUGAUGAGAACCUGCCGCCAUUUGUGCCAGGGAAAGUAACAGGCCUGGAGGAGACAAAGCUAAAGAGCAGCACAAGCACCUUGUCUGCCGUCACCAAAGUGGGUGGCGGAUCGACAAGCAGCCUGUCGAGUAUUGGGUCUUUGGACCAAAGUCUGAACACCGUGGCCUCCCUGUACCUCAGUACCCUGGGGGAGGAGAACCUGAUUGCACGUUUGCUGGAGAAGACACGAGCGGAGGGCGGCACUGGGGGAUCAGGCGGGGAGGACAUCCGUGCCUGCCUUGACAUCCUUCUUAAAUGUUCCGAAGACCUAAAGAAAUGCACCGACAUCAUCAAGCAGUGCAUCAGACGCAAAGCUGGCGGAGGGUCAGAGGAAGGAGGAGCGAGUCCUGACAGUGUGUAUCGGGCCGUGAUGACCCGACUCAGCUCCUAUUUGAAGAGGCUACCUCUGGAGCUGGAGGGAAUUGGAACUUUCGGAGGCGGUGGGCAGGGAGGUCAGGGAGGCGGACACAGUGAUCUUGCUGAGCUGGUCAACACUCUUCACUCCAUCCAGCAGGGGCCAUUCUCUCCAAUAUUUGGCAAUGAGCAACCUCCUCGCUACGAGGAUGUGGUGCAGUCACCUCCAAUUACAAAGACUGCUCCGCAUUCUGUAUCCUCUACUCCCUCCUCUGUUUUACCUUCCUCCUCAUCUUCUUUGAAAUCAGACUCCAUCCAUACCAAACCAGCCCAAAGCUCCCCGUCCAGAGCCACUCCGCUUACCAAUGGACUACAACAUCCUCAUCCUUCUUCUAUCACACAACAUACACUCUCUCCCCCGUCUGUCACAUGCUCUCCAUCCAGAUCCUCUCCGACACACUCUCCUUCCCCUCAUCAUACCUCCCCGACACCCCCGUACACACACACUCCUCCAGCAUCUCCCAUGGAGGCCCUUUAUAUCGAGGAGGAGGAAGCAGAUGUGGACAAGACACCAGAGCAAAUCUCACAACAGACACACACUCCAACCAGGGGGGUGAAAAUUACCCAGAACAAAAACGGGACGACGUUGGGCCAACACACACACCUGUCCCAUCCACACACACUCCAUAACUCUUCAAAUACUUUGCCGUCCAGCACUGGCUACAACCCCACUUGGCCCUCCUCUGCCUCACAAACAGUCUCAGCACCCAAAGCUGUCUCACACAGAAAUGAUGACAUUGACAAGCUGCUGAUGGACUUGGAGAAUCUGUCUCAGAGUAUGAGCCACCCCAGAAACACUGAGCCUCCACUUCCAGCCAAAACCAGGAAGCGAGACCAGGGAAUCACUUUCAGUGAGGUCCCCCCUCAGCCCAAAAUGACCCAAUUCCAAGUCCACAAGCCAGACAACCACCUAGCCAUGAAUGGCCCUAGCUCCAGGACCCCCCAGAGUCUCACUCCUCUGCAGGGAGAUGACAGUGAAGCUGUGGUGGGAGAGGAGGAGGAUGGGGCCCUGCUGCUGAGGAUCCUGGAGAGCAUUGAGAGUUUUGCCCAGGAGCUGGUGGAUUCUGGGGCGGGGAGCUCAGGGAGCGCUGAGAGGAACAGCGGGAAGGAGCGAGAGGUGAUGAGGCUCUUGCAGGAUACACUUGCCACCACUGGCAGGGCUGACACCCCUCUGGAGAGCCCAAUCCCACCAGCUGCUCCCACUGCUCCAUCCAUGCACACAGAUGCAGUGCCAGCUAUACCGCCAAAACACUCCCAGGCAAACACACCUGCAGUUACAGCUGCGCCGACACUUACAACCGCAGCAUCUGAAGCUGUGUGCAGUGCUUCAUCUGAACCUGCACCUAAACAUACACCUGAUGCUUCCCCCAAACCUCUGCCUACACCCAUACCUGAACCUACAACUGAGGCAACAGAUAAAGUAACAGAAGCGUCUGCAGGUGACCCUGAUCCAAAACCCAUCCCCGCCCCUGUAACAGCUGCACCUGCGAGCUUGCAUUCCUCCACACAUUCAGCUGAACCUACACCUGUGGCUGCACCUGAAGCUCCAGCCCCUGCAGCCAUCCCAGUUGUGGCACCCACAAGAGAUGCUGCCGUUGCUGUUGGUGACCCUGCUGCUGUGAGAGACACUGGUUCAACCCUCCUCAUCCAGCAGACUCCAGAGGUGAUCAGGGUCCAGUCCAAACCAGAGAAGAAACCAGGCACACCUCCACCAGCCCCCGCCCUGGCCACAGCCUCACCCGCCCCAACGCCGCGCUCACCCAGCCCCCCUCCGGCUCCAGUGAUAGUCACCCCUCCUCCCCCUGCAAUCAACAUUCCCAGGUUCUACUACCCCCGUGGGCUCCCCGCCAUGGGCCCGGUCGCCAACCACGACGCGGCCAUCGCCGCCAUCGAGGCGGCCUUCACCGAGUUUGAGGAGGAGAAGGCUGAUAUAUAUGAAAUGGGCAAGAUUGCGAAGGCAUGCGGGUGUCCGCUCUACUGGAAGGCCCCCAUGUUCUACUCUGCAGGUGGUGAGAGGACGGGCUUCGUCUCUGUUCACUCCUUCAUCGCAACCUGGAGGAAGUUGUUGCACAGUUGCCACGACGAUUCAUCAAGGUUUAUUUACCUGCUGGCCAAACCCGGAUGUAACUACCUGGAGCAGGAGGACUUCAUUCCUUUGCUGCAGGACAUCGUGGAUACACACCCCGGGCUCACAUUUCUGAAGGAUGCACCUGAAUUCCAUUCCCGCUACAUAACAACGGUGAUCCAGCGGAUAUUCUAUGUGGUGAACCGUUCGUGGACUGGUCGCAUCACCAUGAUGGAGCUGCGCAGGAGCAACUUCCUGCAGACCCUGGCCCUGCUGGAGGAGGAGGACGACAUCAACCAGAUCACUGACUACUUCUCCUACGAACACUUCUACGUCAUCUAUUGCAAGUUCUGGGAGCUGGACACCGACCACGACCUCUACAUUGACCCCAAAGACCUGGCGAGAUACAACGACCACGCGUCCUCAAACAGGAUCAUUGAAAGACUGUUUUCGGGGGCCGUCACUCGGGGUAACGCUGUGCAGAGAGAAGGCAGGAUGAGCUACGCUGAGUUCGUCUGGUUCCUCAUAUCUGAAGAAGACAAGAAAAACCCCACCAGUAUUGAGUACUGGUUCCGCUGCAUGGACACGGAUGGCGAUGGUGUCCUGUCCAUGUUCGAACUGGAGUAUUUCUAUGAGGAGCAGUGUGAGAGGAUGGAGAGGAUGGGCAUCGAGCCUCUGCCCUUCCAGGAUUUGCUUUGCCAGAUGCUCGACCUGGUCAAACCCGAGAGCCAAGGUAAGAUAACCCUUGGUGAUUUGAAGCGCUGCCGGAUGGCCCACAUAUUCUUUGACACCUUCUUCAACCUGGAGAAAUACCUGGACCACGAACAGAGAGACCCAUUUGCUGUGCAAAAGGACAUCGAUAGCGAAGGUCCGGAGCCGUCUGAUUGGGAUAAAUACGCCUCUGAGGAAUAUGAGAUUCUUGUGGCGGAGGAGACUGCAAACGAACAGCUGCAUGAGGGGUCAUUUGAUGAUGACUAUGAGUCUGAGGAGCUUCAAGUCCCUGGAGAGAUUGGCAAUAAAAUGGAAAAGCUGGUCAUAUCAGACCUGUCGGCGUAAAACUACUGCCCUGGAAUUCCAGGGCCCUUUCGCUCUGGAAAAAAAACAAAGUGAUAGAAGCUCCCUUUGGCUGGACGCAUCAAAACAUACAUGGAUGUAAAGACAAGAGAGAGAAAACGAUUCUGGCGUCUGAGAUUCAAAGACUCUGGAGUCUCUUCAGAACGGACUCAGCGGUUUUUGUGUGUGUGUGACCUGAAACCAGUACUGUGUCUGGUGCAAUAACGCAUCUGUGUUCAUACAGAAAACAACAUCACUGCCUCCAGCUCCAUCUGAGAGAGCAAAGCCAACAAAAGGGGGGACACAUGUACGAUACGAAGGAAUCGAGAAAAAAAACUGUAAAAUGAUAAUAAUUGUGGGUUCUGUACUGACAAUCCUGCCAGAAGACAAUCACCUGACUUUUACUCGUCACUGUGCUCAAGGUUGACAGUCAGGUAGACCAUCAGUUACACGAAGUGACUCCUGGUUGGAGAAACAGGGAGGCAGAAGCAGAUAAUUCUAGACAGUCACUGCCAGAGUCAGCAAACAGUCAGCUGCUCAGUUAGGAUACAAACAGAAAGACACUGCCACCAGAACCCCACUGCCUGUGCAGCUCGUCACUGUGUGCAACCUCAUCAUGUCACAGUUUGUGUGGUCGUAACAGCACCUCUCUGUGGCCAGUCUGCUCUACUGCACGCCAUCACCAUCAUGGGCUGGGUGCAUAAUGGCUGGCCAUUACUCCAAGAGGGAGUUCAGUUCACUGCACAGCCUGAGCUGCUCUAUUAUUAGUGCGGCGCUACCUGCGCUCCGCCUCUGGACUCCCUUUGCAAUCACUUGUAAACCCUGGAAAGAGUCUCUGACCGGGUGGACUGAAGCGUUUGUUCAUUCUCGGUCAGGUCGCAGUGACACGUCUGCACGUAAAAUGAUGCAACGUAUCCGACUCUCUGGUAGAGUUGUCCACACAUUUCCACCUGUCACAUUUGUAGUGACGCAAUAGAUUCGCAUAAGAACUGUGAGUUGUUCCUGUCAGUCUCAUGCAAAUGAUCCAGCGCAUCCCGCCGUGUGUUUUCUCACACCCUCAUCGAUCAUGUACAGUCCCUGCUGAUUGAUCUGUCUUUGUCAUUUAUGCCAAAAAGUCAGUUGUUCCUGUGUCAAAAUCUUACUGUCAUAUACAAACUGUUUAUGAAACAUGCUGAUGACCAUUCUCCCUGGAACACACAUACCAAACACACCACUAACGAUGCCUCUUAAAGGGUCGCUUCACCCUCACCCAACCGUAAAAUCUCACACCUCCAGCGGUAUCCAGCCUGCAGGUAGCUUCGGUUUUAUUUGUUUUAUGAAAUCCGUCUCUCAGAUUUUUCCCUCAACCACAUUAGAAUGGAAAUGAAGUGUAGUAUUUAUGUGAACUGCCCAGAGCGUUCUGUGAAUGAUCCAGAGGAACGUGGACGCUGGUUCUGGAAAGCCGAACUGUUGAAGCGGAAUCCGGCCAGGCUUUAAGCACCAGCAUGCUUCCUUUCACCAGUACUGCAUUGAAAUGGAGGCAGAAAACAUACAGCCUGGCCAAAUAAGAUCCAAACUCUUUGCACAUGUAGAUACGCCAAGUGAGAUUUCGUCUUUAAAUUUGGGUGAACUGACCCUUCAGCUUCAUUAUUUACUGUGCUGCACUCACAGGUGCAGGUGUGUACACUGCCCUUACUGUAAUAGCCAGGAGUGUGUGUUUGCUUAGAAAUCGCUGAUCGAGGGGUGUGUUUUAGGAGCCUGUGAUGUGUAGCUCUCAGUUUCGGGCUGUUUAUGUGCCGUACUGGUUGCCAUGGGGACAUGUUCCCUUCGGUGUGCGCGUGUAUGUGUGUGUGUGUGCGCUUGUAUAACUCUUUAAUUAGGAAUGGGACACCUCCUGUCCUCACUGGCUUCAAAUUCACUGGCAUAUACCUCCUUUACAUACACUUACUGUACACACACACACAUUACACUAUAGAUGCUAUUGAAAGGGAGACAGAGCCGGUUGGAUGCUUUAAGGCCUUAAAGACCUUGAAUUUCCCUUUUCUGCUCUACAGCCAUUGUAAAUGUGCCUGACUGUGUAUUAAACUAUAUUAUUAUGAUAAUAACAGUAACAAUAAGCCAUUAUAGAUAUAACGGCUCUGAUUUCUGAUGUAUUUUGAUGCUUUGUAUUUGCUGUGCCACUGUGUGGCUCGGGAUAGGGGGGUAAAUUAUGUUAGCCGUGUGCUUGUUUGUGUGUUUAGAUGCACGGUGGACUUCAUCAGCAGAGGAGGACGGACUGAUCUGACAGUCGCAAAAAUAUGAGCUAAAUCUCAUACGGAGACCUCUGAGACUGAUGUGUCACUGCUGUGGUCACACACACACACACACUCACACACACUCUCAAGGAGACCUGCUCAUCCGGACAGUAUUUAAGAAGAACUGUUGAAGGCAACGGGGCGUCUCCGGUUCAUAACUCUGUGAGUCCUGGUGCUCACACACGCAGCAUCGGGCGAGGAGAGAAGCCAUGCAAGACUUUUACUUUGAAAUGACACCUCUACUGUGAGAGGUGAAGAGGAGACUUUUACUUUGAAAUGACACCUCUACUGUGAGAGGUGAAGAGGAGACUUUUACUUUGAAAUGACAUCUCUACUGUGAGCGGCUGAGAGGAGACUUUUACUUUGGCGUACUUCCUCUGUGUAGAGGAGACUUGAGUAGGCUGAGAUGUGUUCAAAUCCUUAUGGUUAUUGUAUUGGCAUGGUUUUGUUUCCGUCCAUCUCUUUCUUUCUUUCUUUCUUUCUUUCUUUCUUUCUUUCUUUCUUUCUUUCUUUUUCUCUUUCUCUCUUUCUUUCUCUCUUUCUUUCUCUCUUUCUUUCUCUCUUUCUUUCUUUCCUUUU